AUGUCAGAAAGCAGCAGGAACCAAGGCAUGUCGCACUACGAGGUGCUUCAAGUGCGGACCGAUGCAACGAUGGAAGAAAUUCGUAAAUCCUACCAAACGCUAGCGCUCCAGUAUCAUCCGGAUAAGCGGAAAGGUGGCGCCGAGAGCUCGGAAGCGGGCAAUUUCAUCCGGAUCGACGAAGCGUGGAAGGUCCUGCGGGAUGAGCAGACACGGCGGGUGUACGAUGCCGAGCUCAUGCAGCAAUCCUGCCAGGAGGAAUAUUUUAUUAACGAAAUCGUGAUGCUAGGGGAUUUCGAGAAGCACCAGGAGGAAGACUAUCGCUUUCACGUGUGCCGUUGCGGAGGAUUCUACAUUUUACCCGACGAACCGAUCCGCGAAAAGACCUACGUUAGCUGUGACGAGUGCUCGCUCGUGGUGCAGAAUUUGAAAAUUUUCGCAAGAAAACGUUUGAUCGACGAAUCGACGAAAGGGUGACGCAUA